UUCAUCUUUAACGUGUUAAUUUCUUUGCAAUUCACGAAGGGCAGUUUCUAUCCAGUCAUUAUUUUUGAUUUCUACCAACGGGACGUUGAAUGUAUCGGUAGUUUCCUGUCAGUGCAAAAUGUGCAAUUACCGCCUAGGCUAACUGCACAAUUGCUCCUCAGUUUUAUAAGCCAGCUAUUACCAUCAUCCACCCGAAGCCUUUCAGCAACAUUUCCUAUCACUGGCAAACAGCAAUGCGAAAAACUUGACAAUAAAGCAGACAGCCUUGUUCUCCUGUCAGCGAGGGUGUCUAACGAUAACCUCCUUCGUGUCGUCAUUCUGUUUCAGAGCAUAGCCGCCUCUAACCCUAACCUGGUUAACAUCAUCAACCACCUAACGUUAUAGUAUCAUUCAUCGCAAAGAAAUGAAUUUCUUGCGUAAUCGCCUCGUUGUUCUGGGCCUGGUGUUGUUGGCUACGUUACUGCUGUACCUACUGCUGCCGUCCAUUCGCCAGAGCAGCAUGGAGCCAUCCCUUGAGGCUCAAAAAAUGGGGCUUACGGCAACUCUCCCUCCUCCACUUCCAACCAUCAAUGUGUCCAUUCGCACCGGACAGCUACCUGGGGACCCCCCACUGUUCUUCAGAGAAGCUCUACCUGUUGAUGGAGCUGGACGACAGAUAUUGCCAAGGCUGCAAGUGGUCCUUCUGCACGGCCAGGCCUUCACAUCGAAGACCUGGGAAGAGCUCGGUACGAUGGCCCUUCUGGCAGUUAAUGGAUAUCAGGCCUUGGCAAUGGACCUGCCAGGGUAUGGAAAAUCACCAGACUCCGAGGCUCUGAAGACCGACCAGAAUCGGGUGGAUCUCAUUUCGAGGUUCAUGGAGUCUUUGGGUGUCAGGGCUGCUGUGCUUUUGAGUCCCUCCAUGAGUGGACGUUACUCCAUCCCCUUCCUCAUGAAGAACAACGCUCAGCUACAUGGCUUCAUCCCGAUAGCGCCAGUUGGUACCCGAAGUUACAGUCCACAGCAGUACCAAAAUAUUCAGACUCCCACUUUGAUUGUGUAUGGAGCGCUGGACACAAAUCUGGGUGCCCAGUCCCACAAGAACCUUAUACAACUUCCACAUCACUUUGUGCUAAAGUUAGAAGGAGCUCGUCAUGCCUGCUACAUGGACAAACCCAGAGAAUUUCACCAAGGACUGAUCGACUUCCUCAGCAAACUGAAAUGAGAUGUGUGGCAGAGGAAGAGAACUGAGAAAGGUGGAAACAAAAGAAACAAGGGUAUAAAAUUGAUAGAUGAAGAGUAGUCAGCUAAUCUGGGGUUUAGUAUGGUAAGAUCAAUAUUAUUCUAAUACUGUCAUCACCUGAGGCAAAGAACGAUGCCAUGGCAGCAGGUUUUAAUGUGUGGAAAAUGGUAUGUAAAAUCUUGUGUCUGUUCAGAAUACAGUAUUUCAGAUAUUUGCUUUGUAAAGUUAUUUGUUUCCCACAGUGUCAUCCAAAAUGAGUGUCAUAUGAGUCUCGUUCAACUAAUCUUGUUUUAGAAAUAGCUUCAGACUUGUGUGGUGGUGAGUUUUGUUUCAUGUGGUUCAUGUCUCUCUUUGCAUGUAAUACAUGGAAUGUGUUUGCUUCACGGUUACCAUUUUUGUAGGUGACAUGUAGGUUACUGUAAAUAUGCAAAUAUAGAAGCAGCCUGUGUUUAAAUAACUUCUGCUCGCAUAACAUCUGACCAACAGAGUUGUAAAUGUAGAUCAAAUAAUCCAGCUUCCAAGAAAACACAACAGUUAUACACUGUAUUAAAAAUGUAUAAAAGAAUACUGACCAUAUAAAAUAAUGAAAAAAAACAGCUCAUAUUUAUUUAUACAUUGAUGAUAAAGUUGUAUGUAAUAUAUUUGCAAUAAGUUCAGACAAUCAUGCAAAACAAAAGUGAGAUAUAUGCAUAGCUUAAAAUAAAAACAAAAGUUGUGUGUUUUGUAUAUUUCUGUUGAUAAAAGGUAAUGUUGUGGGAACGUAUUUAUAUAACUUGCUUUUUGGAAGGUUGUUAUACAGCUGGCUUUUGCUGACUUUUGUGAAGGUUGCUGGAGAGUUUCUGACACCACUUCUCACACCCUCCACUUGCAUUUAUUUAUUUAUUUUUUGCAAAUGUUGUAAUAUCACAACCUAUAAUUUAAGUAUUUUCAUAUUAAUUUUAAGCUACUUCAUACUUCACCAGCACUACAAUUAACAUGCAAAUAUUGUACUUUCUUUUGUGAUGUUUAUGAUGUCAUUUAUCUGCUUUAGUGACUUUUCAGAUUUUCUAAAGAUUUUACAUACAAGAUGAUCAUAAUAUAUGAUGUGUUGUUGUUGAUCAAACUAUCCAAAAGAAUAUAAAGUAGUUAAAAUUAGCUCCACUCCAAGAACUGCAUUAAAAUGUUGCUGACAUAGUAAUUUUAACACAGGGGCCAAAUUGCAGUAGUACUCUUACUUUUGAUACUCACUGUGUAUUAUUUACUUUUAUUUUUCAUUAACAUUUUGAAUGCAGGACAGUAAUGGGAAGCUUCUGUUUUCUGCAUUGUGCUGCUUCUUCUUUACCUUAAGUAAAUGAGCAAAGAUUCUCACCCUUUAUGGUACUAAUGUCUUAAAUAUUUAAAAGUUGCACUUCAUCACUUUUUUGUGAAGGCAGUUUUAACAUUUGCUAUCAGUGACCUGAACAAAUUCCAAAAUAGAGAUGUCACCGAGAAACAGCAAGAGUUAAGGAUUAAUGUGCUUGUCCUGUACGUGUCAGAAUUGUGCAUUGUUUUCACUGAAUCCAUCAAUUACCUUUUAGAGACAACGAAUGUUAUGCAUAAGCACUGAGGCCUGACAGACUAUUAAACACAACUGGUUAUUA